GCUUCGUCUCAGCUUCUUCUUCAAGGUUUUUAUCUAAAAGAUUUCAUGUAUCCAAAUUAAUUUUCACUCGUUUAUAAUAAAUACCACAUCUCUGUUCAAGUUACAAAGCUGAUCCUCCCUUAUAUAGCUUCUUCUUCUUCUUCUUCUUCUUCUUGAAAGAAAAAGAGAGAUUAUAUUAUGGAGGAAAAUCUACCUCCUGGAUUCAGAUUUCACCCAACUGAUGAAGAACUCAUUUCUUAUUAUCUCACUCAAAAGCUUUCUGAUUCUUCUUUCACUUCUAAAGCAAUUGGAGUUGUGGAUCUCAACAAGAAUGAACCUUGGGAUCUUCCAGCUAAAGCUACGAUGGGAGAGAAAGAAUGGUACUUUUUCAGCUUACGAGAUCGAAAAUACCCAACCGGGCUCCGAACCAAUCGAGCGACGGAGGCGGGUUAUUGGAAGACCACAGGGAAAGACAAGGAAAUCUUUGGUGUUGGUCAUGCUUUGGUUGGAAUGAAAAAAACUCUUGUGUUUUACAAGGGAAGAGCUCCUCGGGGUGAGAAAAGUAAUUGGGUUAUGCACGAAUACCGCCAACAAAGUAGCCAUUUUUUCAAACCCUCCAAGGAAGAAUGGGUAGUUUGCAGGGUAUUUCAGAAACAAAAUACACCAAAGAAACCACAACAAUCAUCAUCAUCUCAACCAUCUCUUUCAUCUCCUUGUGAUACAAAUUCAAUUGUCAAUGAAUUUGGAGAUCAUAUUGAAUUAUCAAACUUCACCAAUAGUAAUAUUACUUCAUCUCAAACAUAUGAAAACAACAACAUGAUCAAUAAUAAUAAUAACAUGAUGAAUAUGAAUAUGAAUUUGAAUUUGAAUAAUUGGGUUUCACCAACAAAUGAAACCCUAAUUCCUUCUCUUUCAUGGCCACUUAAUUCCAAUCUUCUAACUUCUUCAAAUAAUCUUUCUAUGAAUUCUCUUCUUCUCAAAGCAUUGCAACUUAGAACCUUUCAACAACAAAGGGAUAAUGUUUUGGCUUCUUCUUCUUCUAAUACUUUUAAUAAUAAUAUUCAUGACCAUCAUCAUCAUCAAGCUGCCAAUAUUGUUCAUUCUCAAUUUGGGACAACAAAUGACCAUUUGAGCUGCUUCCAACCUUCUUCGUCUUCUAAAGUUUUUGAACCUUCAUCACAACAGCAACAACAACAAGAGGAGCAACCAUUGAACUUGGACUCCCUAUGGUGAAACUAUGUUGAUCUUAUGAAUCAUUAGUUCACUCAAUUAAUGUUUAUGUGAAGAAUACAUGUAAUGUAAUGUAACUAACCCUCUUCUUAGAACUUUUCUAAUAUGUCAUUUUCAAUAAGGGAAGUUUUAGAGGAGAUCAUAUGAAAUUGUAACUUUGUCA